UAAACUCGGCUGGCUGCAGAGAGGUCGGCAUCUUCUCGCAGAGGUGCAGUCAUGUUUCUCCAGUAUUACCUCAACGAACAGGGAGAUCGCGUCUAUACGUUGAAGAAAUUUGGCCCUAUGGGACAACAGACUUGCUCUGCCCAUCCCGCUCGGUUCUCCCCUGACGACAAAUACUCAAGACACCGAAUCACCAUCAAGAAACGCUUCAAGGUGCUUAUGACCCAGCAACCGCGCCCAGUUCUCUGAGGGUUCGUUAAUUUCUUGUGCUGCCCGACCCCAGGCCGAUUAUCAGUAACCAAAUGCAUCAAUCCGUGAGCAGUGAAGCCUUCCCAUGCUGUUGGAAUCCUAUCUUGCUACGUGAUUGCGUCCGUCGUGAUGGGCAUCAC